CUCUUUUUUUUUUUUUUCUUUUUUUUCUUUUUUUUCCUAAUAUUUACUGGAGUCACUUUCCACGGUGACACUGUCUAGAGUUCACAAGAUCUGUAGGAAACAAAAUUGACAGCCGAACGUAGAAUAAACUCGAAGCGCAACGAUGAGCUCGAAAUCAUCAGACCCGAUCGAAGUCUGCGCCAAAGAAUCUGUCACCACUCCCAACAAGCUCGGUGACUGUCCAUUCACUCAAAGGGUUCUGCUUACAUUGGAAGAGAAACAUCUUCCCUAUGAGUUAAAGUUGGUUAAUUUCAAGAACAAACCUGAUUGGUUAUUGAAGAUAUCUCCAGAAGGUAAAGUGCCCUUGAUCAAGCUAGACGAGAAGUGGAUUGCCGAUUCGGAUGUUAUAACACAGGUGUUAGAGGAAAAGUUCCCUGAACCCUCACUCGCUACACCCCCUGAGAAAGCUUCAGUUGGUUCAAAGAUCUUCUCAACCUUUAUUGGGUUUCUUAAAAGCAAAGACCCUAGUGAUGGAACAGAGCAGGCUUUACUGGCUGAGCUGCGCUCCUUCAACGAUUAUCUUGAAGAAAAUGGCCCGUUUAUCAAUGGGAAAGUGAUAUCUGCAGCAGAUUUGUCCCUUGCACCUAAGCUCUAUCAUCUUGAAGUUGCUUUGGGAUAUUACAAGAAGUGGUCUAUCCCAGCUUCACUUACCCAUUUGAUUUCGUACAUGAAGACAAUCUUCUUCACGGAUUCAUUUAUCAAAACUCGAGCUGAACCGCAUGAUGUGAUCGAAGGGUGGAGACCUAAAGUGGAAGGUUGAAUGACUAUUAGCUAGCCAAUGAGUUGAUUGACUUAUAUUAUUGCAUCAUGUCCUAUUUUAUCUUGAUAUAUAUAUUAUUGCAUAAAAUCUAUGAAGACUUAUUAGCCAAUCAGUUGAUUGACUUCUUGUGGUGUGCUUAUGUAGUUGAAAGAUUGUCCAGUGUCAGUGUCAUCGUCAGUUUGUGAUUUAACAGGACGCAUUUUAGUAAAUUUUCAUCUUUGAUUGUUAAGACCAAUUCAAUCUUGGAAAUCAGAUUUUAGAUCUAAUAUAAUGGUAAAACCUAAAAUGUAAGGUUUGUGACCAUGUGAAAAGCUGCAGUUAAAGGAGCUCUUUAGGGGCUGAAUUUCUUAAGUUUCAUGGCAG